AUGAAUAACUCUACAGUGAACUUCACCACACCUGAAACAUCUACAAACUCCACAACUCAGUCCUUUGGGCUUGUGGAAAUUCUGGAAUUCUGUGUGUACAGCAUCUGUUUCCUGGUUGGUCUUCCUACACACUCCUAUAUUAUAUGGCUCAUCAUCACAGGAGCAGGAAGUGGAGUUGCAUCAGAGUUUUUCAUUCUUAAUCUCUCUGUUUCUGAGAUUGGUUACUGCGUGAAUUGUUUGACCUUUGUACUGUCAGAGUGGUUUUCAUUUAUAUUGGAGUUUAAACUAUUUUUAGUAGGACUAAUUACUACUGGUCGUCCUGUGUUUCAGUGUCUGAUGUGUGUUGAGCGUUACCUGGCAGUGGUUUAUCCUGUAACCUUUCUGAAGUACAAACCUCUCAGAUAUAGAGUGAUCUGCUCUGCUGCGGCCUGGAUAAUUAUUCUUGGCUCCUGUUUGUGCAACUUGUAUACUAUAGUCCCACACUACAGUGUACAUAUGUGGUUCUUGUCAGUGCAGUUCCCACUCUUCCUCUCCAUCCAGUUGUUUUGUCUUGUGGCUGUUCUCAGAGCUUUGAAGCAGUCAGGACCAGGAGAGAGAGGGAGAGAGAGAGAGGAGGAAAACCACAUGAAGAGAAGAGCAUUUUAUCUCAUUCUAAUAACUACUGUGACCAUGGUUAUCACAUAUGUCCCAUAUAGUAUUGCAGGAGUUUUUAGCAUUUUCAGAAAAAGGCUUACUGCUGCAUAUUGGUUUCCUGGUUUGGUUUGUUAUGUGCUGUCUGGUUUUGUUCAGCCUGUUCUAUAUCUGCACCGCACUGGAAAACUCUCCUGCCCCUGUCUCUUAUAA